GGAGUGGGAAAAUGGGACGUGGCAAAUGCUACCCUUCGGGCUCCGGGAGGGAUGGCGCUGUACAGCGUGGGACUGCACGCCAUCAUCGCCUGGCGAGUCCUCAGAACUCUUCCCUGCAGUUCUGUGGUUUUCCCGCAGUUAGGGCGGGUGGAAAGGAUAGUGAAGAUUAGGUGACUUGGAGGCCGUGUGCUAGGCGAGUUUCUAGUUUUAAAAUUUUCAAAGCUUAGAAGUUACAAAAUAAUGGGAGAGCGUUUUGCACUGACGAUGUUUGCUAGUUUGGACUUUAAAACAGUAACUGCUUUCUCUCAAAUUGAGAAAAUCUGAAGCCCUAAAUUGUCUUCUGUGUAUGCCGUGUGUUCUGGACUUUGCAGACGUCUGUCUCCCCCUGACACUUCAGAGGCUCUCAGCCAAAAACCUAGUGUUUUGCACUAGGAGAGGGGGAUCAGCUUUUCCUGUCAGUUAUGCAAGCAGAAUUAUGCAAAAGCAGUAUUUUCUUCCGAGCUCCAACUUGAUGGGAGCACGGCUGUCUGGAUCCUAUGGUGAUACACAGGAGCCUAAGACUAACCCUUUGGUGUCUAUUUCAGAUGAGCCAGAAACACUGUACAAGAGAUUGUCCAUUUUAGUUAAAGGACAUGAUAAAGCUGUGUUGGACAGUUAUGAAUAUUUUGCAGUGCUUGCAGCUAAAGAACUUGGCAUCUCUGUUGAGAAAGUAGAUGAGCCCCCAAAGACAAUAGAACGAUUUACACUUCUCAAGUCUGUACACAUUUACAAGAAGCACAGAGUUCAGUAUGAAAUGAGAACACAUUACAGGUGUUUAGAGUUGAAAUACCUAACAAGCAGUACUGCUGCAGUUUACUUGGAGUAUGUACAACGAAACUUACCUGAAGGGGUUGCCAUGGAAGUGAAAAAGACUAAGAUAGAGAAAAUACCAGAACACAUUCGGAAACCUGUUUGGGAUACACUACCUCAAGAAGAAGAAACUGAAGUGAAGUCUUGAACACACCAAGUACCUGGCUCUGUUCGUACUGAAAUUCAUUGCUCCUAUCAACCUCAUUUACUGAGACAGUCCAUUAUUAAAUAAAGGUUCUCUUAUAAAGAAAUUAUAUAAACUCUUGUUUCAUUAAGUUAUUCUGCUCAUAACUCCAGUACAUAUGGACUGAACUGUUCUAAUGUUUGACUGUGUUGUGUGAUCAGUCAUGACGGUCAUUUAUAAGUUUGUAGAAAGGUACAGUUUAUUUUUACUUAGAUAUGUAAAAGUAUGUGUAUAUAUACAUAAAUAUAAAUUCACUGUCUCCUUUUGAUACUAGAUGGCUUCUGAAUGCUGAAAUAAUUGCAAAUCCACUUUAUGUUUGUGUAAUGUUUAAUAUUAUGGAUGCCAGAUUGUUAUCAGUUUAUCAAUUCUGGAUAAACUAGUUUGUUGGAUAAACUA